AGAUCGGCAGCGGCUGACAGUCAGCGACAGGCGACCGCGUCGUCAACACGCCCGCGUGUCGACUCGAUCGGAGUACCAUGUUGCAGUGCUAGUCACCUCACAGUGUAAACAAACAAAGAAACCACCCGCGGCGGUUGACUCACUCCUGAAAAACGUCACGUGUAAACAACUCUCUCUAGUGUUGUGUACGCAUUUUAAGCACAAUUCAUAUUGGUGACAAGUGAGACUUUGAUCUUUGUGUUUCAUAGAAGAGUUCUAAAAAAAUUGGAUAUGUUUUUCGUAAAGUUACAGUGAAUGAUGAGGAGUAAGCCGUGCUAGGUGGGCGAGAUGAAUUCGGACGUGCACCGUCACCAGGCUCACCCACCGCUUGCACAGCACGGCCCGCACGGCGGCGGCAGCGGGCCGUGCGGCUGGUACUCAGCGUCGGCGGCGCCCGCGCCUACCGCGCCCGCCCGCCUCAAGCGCGCGCAGCCGCCGCACCACCUGCCGUCCGGAGGUGGAGUGAGCAGUAAUGGGCCGCACGCGCCUCUCUCGCCCACCGCAUUGCAGAACUCGGUUCCGCACAAUAACGUGAUGUCGUCAUCGGUGCGUGCGCCCGCGCCGGUCGGCCCCGCUCCCUCCGCGAUGCACACGUCGCAAACCUCCAAUGCGGUGGCAGCGAAGGGCCCUAGUGAUGUGCUGGUGAAUUCGUCAGCUCAGAACCCUCCGCCCGCGGGCAACAGGCUUGUCAACAUGACGCAGUGGCCAUGGCACCACGGCGCGAUAUCCCGGGAGCGCGCGGAGGCCCUGCUGUCGGGGUCCCCAGACGGCGUGUUCCUGGUGCGCGAAAGCACCAACUUCCCCGGCGACCAUACGCUCUGCGUGCGCUACCGGGGACACGUGGAGCACUACCGAGUAAAAUGGGCGUCAGCGCCAGAUAGCCAAAACCAACGUCUCACUAUAGACGACGAAGAAUUCUUCGACAAUAUGACUGAUUUAAUACAUCACUACCUUCAAGACGCAGAUGGUCUGUGCACGAAGCUAGUGCGGUGCUUGCCCAAAGCGACUCCCAACGGUGCCAACAACAACGGCGCUCAUCAGCCGCCGUACCCGCCUCAUCCACAGCAACCGCCGCCGUACCCGCCGACGCCGAGCGUGCCCAGCUCGCUGAGCCACUUCCAGCCGACGUACUCCACGCAGGUGCCGCCCUCCAUAGACCAGACCGACGCCGCGCAACAGUCCCAGAAAUUUGUCGACGCGCGUUGGAUAAUAGCAGAGCGGGAUCUAGAGAUCCGCGAGAACAUAGGCAAGGGAGAGUUCGGCGACGUGAUGCUCGGCAUAUUGAACGGCAGCCAGAAGGUGGCCGUCAAGAUACUCAAGGAUAGAGAGGCCGCCAGCAAGUUCCGCGCAGAGGCCAGCGUUAUGGCAUCGCUGAAGCAUGACAACCUGGUCCGCCUCCUGGGGCUGGUGUUCGCGUCCAACGGCAGCACGUGCAUAGUGACGGAGCACUGCGCGCAGGGCUCGCUGCUGGACUACCUGCGCUCGCGUGGACGACACUACGUCACGCAGCUCAACCAGAUCAACUUCGCGUACGACACGUGCUGCGGCAUGGAGUACCUGGAGCGGCAGCGCGUGGUGCACCGCGACCUGGCGGCCCGCAACGUGCUGAUCUCGGCGGAGGGCGCGGCCAAGGUGGCCGACUUCGGGCUGGCGCGCGCCGACGCCGCGCCCGACGACGCGGCCGACGCCGCGCGCCUGCAGGCCAAGCUGCCCAUCAAGUGGACGGCGCCCGAGGCGCUCAAGUACAACAAAUUCUCUAAUAAGUCUGACAUGUGGAGUUUCGGUAUUCUUCUCUGGGAGAUCUAUUCGUUUGGAAGAGUGCCAUAUCCGCGAAUCCCGCUGGCUGAGGUGGUGCGGCACGUGGAGCGCGGCUACCGCAUGGAGGCGCCGGAGGGCUGCCCGGGCGGGCCGUACGAGGUGAUGCGCGCGGCGUGGCACGCCGACCCCGCGGCGCGGCCCAGCUUCGCCGCCACGCGCGCGCGCCUGGCCGCCAUGCGCGACGCCGCGCGCGCGCUGCCGCAGCCCGCGCCGCCGCACCCCUGAGGGUUAAACGUGGGUGUAGCGCGGAGCCACAUCAAAUAGUUCAGACUGUACAUCUUACGUAAUAGUGAAGUGCUGUGACGGUUGCGAUGUAUUCUAUAAACUAAUUCAAACUUAAAUCUAAGUACUAAAUUAUUUUGAUAUUUUAAAGACACCCCUCGCUUAAGAAAUAACUCUAUUUAAAUUAAGUAGCGUGUAAAAUUGGUGUGUUAGAGGGUACUCGUCUCCGAAGUUAGUUCAAUUUGUCCUGUGGGGCCUUUGUGACGAUGAUGUCGUGAGGCCCCGCGAUGUUAUCGAGGGCCUAAAGUUAUCGAAUUAUUCUUGCAUAUUAUAAAGAUUCCAGCCAAUGUGGCCGAGCGGCCGGAUGUCGGUACUAACGUACUGUCUAGUCAAAGUUCGUAAUAUUGUUUGUAUAUUAUUUCCACGUUAAUUAUAGCUUGAGGUGACUGAUAACGUGUACAGGUAUACAAUGCACUCGACAUGUUUAAUGGAUUUAGUGAAAAUAUGCAGGUUCUAUCUAUGUUUUUUUGCUAAUUAUAAACACUAUUAAUUAAUAAAUUGUUAACAUUAUUCCAAAUUAUUGAAAUCUAUGAUGAAGUGCACCUGAAAGAGUAAUUCAUUCCUUUAUGAUAUUAGCAUCGAAGUCUGAUGUAGUGUAAAAUCUUCAGUGCAUUUUUAGAUAAUCUGCUCUAAUUAAUGUUUAUUAAAUGUAUUGGUUUGCACUUUGUGUUAUAGGGUAAGAUGUGCUUAGUCGUUAGAAGGAACGAGUUGCAUUUGCAAACUUUGAGGUUGUGUGUUAUUGUAACUUAAAUAAUGCCUACGGGCCUCUAGCGAUCGCCUUGCGGUACCACGUACAUGAAGUAACCCUUGCGGUUAGUCUACAAUGCAGUGCACAUAUAAAAAGCGCAAAAUUACAGAAAGGUGACAUAAAACUAUUGCAAUAUAUACCAGAAUGACAAACAAAUCCACGAAUCUCAUGUAGAUGGUGUCAAAUUUUUAAGCUAGAAUCUAUAUUCCAGUUUGAAAAUUGCUGUAUAGUUUAUUGUGGUAGAUUUAAUGUUGUCUUAUAUGCUUGAAAUUAUACGCCUAAAGUAAAUAAAAUUUAAACUCGUCUAUACUAUUUAUAAUGUACAUAUUAAUGUGGUGAAAGUAUUAUUUUUGUGUCGUACGGCAAGCAUAGAAGGCGACAUUAUAUUUUUAAAUUGUCUGAUUCAAAGACUAAUCUUAUGAAGGGGAUGUCCGUUCAUUUAUUCUUAUGCAAUACUAGUUGUAAGUGUUAAAUUGUUUUUUACGAUUUAUUUAUGACCUAUUUGAAAAUUGGUUAGAAAUGUUCUACAGAACCGAUUCUAAAUGCGAGUCAUUAGUUUUCUACCAAAGCAUAUUUCGAAAGAAUAUGAACUUUUGUCGUGUUUCCAUGUAGUCUUCCUUUAAUUUGAUUGGCGACUUGAUGAUUGAGUUUGUUCUCGUAGAGACGAGGUCGCGGCGGCCACCGCCGCCAGCCACGCCUGCGCUUGUAACGAUUGAUUCAGUGUGUACGUGAUUAAACUAGAGAAUGAAAAUCUCAAUUUGUUUUUGUUGUCUGUACUAUUAUUUUAAAUUUAUCAUUGUAAAUACAUGUACUGUUAAGGAAUAAAAUGUAUAGUAACAGAAUAUAAAUACUACACACAACA